AUGGUAGCUUACACUCUCUGUGUUUUGGGCAACUGUCUUAUUUUCAUGCUCAUCUUGACCCAGUCUCAGCUCCGCACUCCAAUGUACUUCUUGCUGGGAAACCUUUCUGUUGUUGAUAUUUGCAUGACCUCUAUCACCAUCCCUCGGGCUCUUUGUAGUCUCCUAACUCAAAAUAAGACCAUCUCAUUUCAUGGUUGUUUUUUGCAGCUCUUCCUCUUCCAUGCAGUUGGUAAUAUGGACAGCUUUCUACUGGCCAUCAUGGCCUUGGAUCGGUAUGCUGCUGUUUGCCAACCCUUGCAUUACACAACCAUCAUGAGCAAUAGGACAUGCAUCAGUUUGGUAACUUCUUCGUGGGCUGUUGUUACUUUACAUUCCACCCUGUUCACCGCCAUGACAUCUACUCUUCCCUAUUGCAAUUGGGUUAUCCAUCACUAUUUUUGUGAUGUUCCGGCCAUGUUGCUGCUGUCUUGCAAAGACACUUAUGCCCAGCAAAUGACUGUUUUCAUUGAGGCCAGACUAACUAUACUUGUUACUAUGCUCUUCAUCCUGGGGUCCUACAUACUCAUCAUUAGAGCAGUGUUGGCACUACAGUCAUCCCAAGGAAGGUGGAGGACCUUUUCUACCUGUUCAUCUCAUCUCACCAUGGUCAUCCUCCUCUACAGCACAAUUAUAUUUAUGUACUUCCGGCCAGGCUCCAUCUACUCACCAGUCUACGAUCGGGCCAUCAGUGCAGUGUACAGUAUCGUUAACCCAACACUCAACCCCUAUAUUUACAGCCUGAGAAACAAGGAGGUCAAAAAUGCUGUAAGAAAACUUUUAAAGUAA